ACCCGUAUCCCUCAUUGUCCCAACUCACCAUGAGGAGGCGGUGGCCAGCGUCCUCGGUCCGCGGUCAGCGAAGGAGGUUGUGUGGACAAACGCUGCCCGGUUGUCACGACGACAGGCCCCGCCCACUCGGGGGGCUCCAAGGCCGGCGCGCGCGCAGCGCCCUGCGCAGUCGCGCUGGGGUCCUUCCGGCUGGCGCUCCUCCCCUUUUGGUGACGGCUGGAUCCGCCCCCUUACCGCGCCCCGCCCCGCUCUCGCGGUUGACUGACGGAGCCGUGGAAGUGGUCGGCGGCGUUUACGGCUGUGGCGUGCCGGAAAGCACCUGGACGGGCUGCCGAACUGCCAAGGCCACCCCGUGCCUGUCCUGUCUUCCUCACCUUCGGACAGAUUCGUGUCUGCCCCUUCUAAAAGCACAUCCCCAUCUCCUUGCGACUCCCGCGUGUCACCACCGAACCGGCUGCCACUCACCUCCGCUACGUACUCUCUGGAAGCGCCUGCGUGCAGUCUUCCGGGCUCGCUGAAGCCAAGCAGUGAGAAUAACGUGGUACCGGCAUAGCUCACCCGGCCAGUUGCCUUCAGCCUCAGUUAUCAUUGAACUUCACGGGGAAUAACCACUAGUGAAGUGACAACUCUGCUUUAACCCAGGACUGGGGCUGUUUCAAUUGAGUCCAGUCACUGGAGAAAACCUACAGCACAGUGGGGAUCGCACCCCCUAUAACCCACACACGCUGCAGUCUCAGAAUAACGAGGGCUCCUCUCAGUCGCCAGCUCAUCCGGCAGUUACCUACCUCUCGGACUUCACGCAGGGUUAAGGAGCGGCCCCAGGCCCCAUUUGGACUGCUCACCUGGGAACCCUGGGGCCCCCUUUUCUCCCCAUGGCUAAACUAAACCUGCUGCCUGAAGGCCAAGUGUAGAGUAAUAAAGAUGAACUGCAUUGUUCUGGAUAAACUCAUGUCAAAGACUUGGACAGACUUCCCUUAGUUCCGUGAGCUUUUUCGCUAGGCAGAUAUUCAGUUAUUCGUAAACGCUACAAGGGACACCUUCAGGCAGGUGUCCGAGUCUCACAGGCUACACACUGAAUUAACUGAAGCUGUGCUCUGCGUGGCAUUCUGCGCCCUGUGAUUUGCAAUCCGAAAUUACAUCUAUGUAGUUUUAAUUCUGAUUUUAAAAAUGCAUUUUUGUCAUUUCUCAGUAAGAAUGAACCAUAUGAAUCACACUGGAAAUGAGUCUCUACCAAAACAAAAAGAUUUUUAAUGAAAGGGACUCUCCUGGACACACAUGGGGUUAUGUCCUGAUAAUCCUAUCAGAAGCUGAAAAUACAAUUGUAACUCACAAAUACAUUUAAUAUGCCUAACAUAUUGAACAUCACAGGUUAGCAUAACCUUACACCUGCGUACAACACUCAACUAACCUUAGAUUACUGUUGGGCAAAAGCAUCCAAGACAAAGCCUACUGUACAACAAAGUGCUGGGUCUCUAAAACGGGAAUUUUACAAAUAUGAUGUGGAAGCAAUGGCAGUUCCUGGGUGAUUUGUUUGCCCUAAGAAAGGAGCCAGAGACGCAGAUGUAUGAACUCCAGCAACAGAAGGUUACAGUGGCCACUCAGACACUAUACCGGCGGCAUUUGUCCAUUUGUCUUUCAGGUUUACGUGGCAUCUUCAAAAAGUUCACAGAAAAUGCAUACUAUGAAAAAGUGCAUGGAUUUCAAAAAUUUUUGCAGCAAAAUAAACUUACCCAUUAAUUUCA